AGCAAUGCAUUUCAUUCAUUCGGCGAGGUUCAUCAGCUGUCAAGUAUUCGUUCCGCGUAGUUGUGCACGUGUUCUUUGAGCUAUUUUUAAGAUUCAUAAGUUAAAUAUUAAUUGUAAUUGAAAAACCACACAUUCGGAAAAGUAUUCCUUGAACGUAAUUCUUCAUAGUGUCCAUUUUAAAGUACACCCCUUACGAUGUAAAUUUUACGCGAAGCGAUGUCCAAAGAAGGUUAUAGUCCGGAGAAGAAAGAAGGCGAUAAUAAAGUUGUGCUAGAAAGAUUGCAAACUUAUUUGAAAGAUAAGAGGACUUCUGAAGCGUUGGAUCCAGGACUUGGAUACAACAAGCCGAGCACCAGCUACGAGCAACCUCCACAAAGUUUGCCGACACUCGAAGACAGUAGUAACAUAUUGCGUGAGGUUUUAAAUCACAAGAAAGCCGAAUUACUACGGCAACCAGAAAUCGUAGAAUACUUAAAGUCAAUAUCGUCAGAUCUGAAGAAGUAAAAAUGGCAGUGACGCCGAAAAGUGUCGCAUCUUUGAUGCAAAAGACGCUUGAACGUCAGGCAGCAGUUGCGCGGAUGAGAUUACGGUUCACAAAGAACCAAGUAGAGCAAAUAUUAGUUAAUUACGCUAAAAACAAAAAUGCUGGACCUUAUCUUGAACUGGUGAAGGUUUUGCGGGACUAUCCUCUGAAUGAGGACAACUUCAGGAUAGUUUUUGAUGACAGCCUAUCAUGUGUAGUGUUGUUGGGUAGGGAACUGACGCAGUUCGUGGAUGUAGUGUGUAACAUUGAGUGGCUGAACAGGAGCGAGGAGCUGGUGUCGCUGUACAGAACAUUUGUCCUGAACUUAGUUACUGCACACACCUAUCACUGCCCCCUGGUCAUGAUGCGGCUAGUAACACUGUUCAAAGCGGAUGGUGAAAACUGGGAAUACAAUCCUCCUACAGAACUUCUGAAUAAAUGGUCAAACAUUCAUGACAUUAUUGGACACAUAGUGGCCAUUAUGCCUAUGACCAGUGAUUUAUUAUUACAUAUAGUUAUAGAACAGUUCCCGUACUACAAAGCAGGCUGCUACAUAAACAGAGCGUACAUAUACAACUUGAUAUGGAUGAGCAAGUACAUACCUUCGCUGAGAGAACAGCUUAUGACGGCCAUUAUUAAUAAGAUGAUACUAAUGGAUGUGAACAUAGUAGAACGUGAUAAGAGCAAGUCACAUUCAGAGACGAUGUUUGAGAUGGAGAUGGAUGAGCGUGACGAGGGAGCGGAGACGCUGGACUACUGCAUGCUGGAGGUGUUGCGGUGGUUGGAGGACGAGAGGGACCCUACCCUUAAUAUACUGUGCAAUGUCUUUGAGAGGGUUAUUUUACCUACACAUGGGAUUAGACACGUCCAAUUCCUCCUCCUGUACACAAUAUCAAUAAACCAGCAGUGUGCGGACCGCGUCCUGAACAACCUGUGGCAGGUAGCGGCCGGGCUGCACGGCCUGGGCCCGGGCGCGCUGUCCACGCGCUCCACCGCCGCCAGCCACCUGGCCGGCCUGCUGGCCCGCAGCGUACGCGUCCCUAACUCUAGACUCAUCACCUACCUGAAGAAUAUGGCGGACUGGUGUCACUCCUAUAUCACCGCGACCCGAGAAGCUACAACGUCCAGUGAUAAUAUGAAAGCCCAUGGAGCCUUCCACUCGAUGUGUCAUGCAGUGUUUUAUCUCGUGGCGUUUAAACAUCAUCUUCUGUUUAUGAACAAAGAAAAUGUGAACUUCGUGGAGUCAUUAAACCUGCCCCGGUUGGUGACUUGCGCGCUGAACCCGCUGCGCUCGUGCCCGCCGGCGGUGACGCGCGCCUUCUCGUGCGUGACGCGCGCGCACCAGGUGGUGUACUGCCAGGCCAUCAUAGAGAAGAACGCGCGCCACACGCUGCAGUCCACGGCUGUACUGCAGUACGACGAGUGGUUUCCCUACGAUCCAUACACUUUACCAAUAUCCGGUAAAAUUAUAUGGCCGCUGUGCAUAGAGUACAAAGAAUUAAAAGAUGGCGACGAUGAAACCCAGUACACGUCUAUGAAGAGAAAAUUGGAGACUGAUGAUGAUGAUUACCUGGUGAUGGCCAGUCCCACGCAAAGGUUGGCCUCAUCACUAUCUAACGGUAUCUCACCCGGUUUUAGAACCAGUGAAAACAUUUUUAUAUAAUUCUAAGUAAAUAAUUUAUAAAGUGAUCUUCAAUGUUGAAUUGAUUUAAAAUUAUUCGCAAAUUAAAUCAAUUUAGUUUUACCUUCGACUAGUCGAUACCGGCAUUCUGAUUUUUCUAUUAGUCAAUAGUAGUUGGAAAAUAUUGUUACAUAUUUAUCAGUUGUAAGACCACUGUUUUUACUUUUGCUUUAAAACAUGACAAUAUGUUCUAUUAAGAUUAAAUUUAUUUACCAGCAAAUUAACUACUUAAGUCCACUAUGAUGUUUGUGCCUAUUUCAUUAUUUUAAUGUGAACACAAUAUUUUUGUACAGAGAUUAAUUAAUGAUUACACGAAUGUGUGUAAAAAUACGCACAAAUAAUUUGCUAUGGUAAAACAUACCUACUUAUUAAGGGUAAUAUGUGCCGAGUCUGUUGUUUAGGGUACAAUGUUAAGUUUCUUAUAUAUCUCUCAGAUUUUCCCAGCUCCUGGGUCCAGUGUCAAUAAAUAUGAUCCAUAAAUGUAUUUAACCUAA